GUAGCCUUUAUAAAGUGUCAAUAGAAUAUUGUCAUUUUUAAUGCUGUAAGCAUCUCAAAGCUUCUCAACGCGUUUUAAAAACGUUUUGAAGCAAAAUUUGUCAUUGUUUUUCAAUAAGUGUUGGAAGAGCUUGAAAACCUUGCAUCAUGUCUCUUGCUGAUGAACUUCUUGCGGACUUUGAGGAGGCAGGUGACAAUGCAGAUGAAGCUGAGGGUGAUGGGCAAACCAUGGAACUUGCAGAAGUGGAUGAUGUUUCCAUGGAAACAGUCUCAUUAUCAAAGAAUUCAGUUAGAAAUAUAGCUAAACUGCGAGAUAGUGAACAGAUUAAAGAUGUCAUGAACAAAGUUGAACAGUACUCAAAAAAGAAACGCAAAGAUGCAGUUGCUGGUCCAGUUGAGUUUGACCCAGAGUACCAGCUGAUUGUGCAGGCUAACAACCUCACAGUGGAGAUUGACAACGAAAUCAAUGUGAUUCACAAGUUUACAAGAGACAGCUAUUUGAAGAGAUUCCCAGAGUUAGAGUCCCUGAUCAGUGACCCUCUCCAGUAUGUCUGCACUGUGAAGGAGCUGGGUAACAACAUCCUGGAGAACAGCAAGAACAACGCGGCACUACAGGACAUCCUCACCCCUGCCACCAUCAUGGUCGUCAGUGUAACAGCCUCCACCACACAGGGAACACUUCUGACUGAUGAAGAAUUCAAAAUAGUGGAAGAAGCUUGUAAUAUGGCCUUGGAACUGAGUGACUACAAGAGAAGAAUCCAUGAGUAUGUAGAAUCCAGGAUGACCUACAUAGCCCCAAAUCUGUCCAUUAUUCUGGGUGCCUCCAUCGCAGCAAAGGUCAUGGGUAUAGCGGGUGGGCUGACAAAUCUGGCCAAGAUGCCUGCGUGUAACAUAAUGCUGCUGGGUUCCCAAAGGAAGAUCCUGGCUGGCUUCUCCUCCUCAACCAUGCAGUCCCACUUCGGGCACCUGUAUGAGUGUGACCUGGUUCAGAAGUCUCCCCCGGACCUUCGCAAGAAAGCAGCACGUCUGGUUUCAGCUAAGUGUGCGCUGGCAGCGAGGGUUGACAGCUUUCACGAGUCGAUGGACGGGAGUACAGGGGAUGCACUGCGAACUGAUAUUGAGGGAAAACUGGACAAGCUUCAAGAGCCCCCUCCAGUGAAAAAGGCCAAGGCCUUGCCUGCACCAAUUGAUCAGGCACGAAAGAAGCGCGGUGGUCGCAGAGCACGAAAAAUGAAGGAAAGAUUGGGUCUUUCAGAAAUGAGGAAAGCUGCCAACAGAAUGAACUUCGGUGAAAUUGAGGAGGACGCUUACCAAGGGGACCUGGGCUUCUCUCUAGGAGCUAUCGGCAAGUCUAAGACUGGACGAAUAAGAGGACCCGUAGUAGACUCAAAGACAAAAGCCAGAAUCUCCAAAUCUCUACAACAAAAGAUCCAGAAGGAGAAGCAGACAUGGGGUGGCAGCACAACGGUCAAGAAGCAGGUUUCUGGAACAGCCUCCAGUGUCGCCUUCACACCUCUCCAGGGUCUUGAGAUUGUCAACCCACAGGCAGCUGAAAAGAAGGUAGCCGAGGCCAACGUUAAGUACUUCUCAAGUACUGCAUCAUUUGUUAAGGUUGAGAAACAACUGUGGCACAAGUGACAGCUUUGAAAAGUUUAACAAAUAUCUUUUUU